GUUGUUGUCAAUCUGGUGUAAAAUUUCGACUAUUUUAAAUUGGUUUUCGAAAUCCUUCUAUAUUUAUCAUUGUUUUUCUAAGCACAAACGUGAUCAUAACUUAGAAAUUAUAAAAUCUACCAUACUUAAAACAUAAGAAAUGGAUUCCAACAUGCACAAUCUCAAGGAUUUUCUUGCAUUAUACAACAAAGUGACAGAAAUGUGCUUCAGCCGAUGCGUCGAUAAUCUCAACAAUCGCGCCCUGACCAGCCAUGAGGACGUGUGCGUGGACAGGUGUGUCACAAAGUUCGCUCGCUUCAACCAGGUCAUGAUGGCCUUCUACGUGGAUGUGCAGACAACUAUGAAUGCCAAGCGAAUGGAGGAGAUGAAAGAGAAAGCCAGGAUAGCCGAACAGCAGCAAAGGAAGGAGAACCAACGGGAGGAGCCCAAGGUGAGAGAAGUGACUCCCCCAGUGGUGCUGAUUCCAGCUCCGCCAACAGCUGCUGGCAACUUGUCCAUUUAAGAGAAGACACUGUCCCUUUCCUCGAUAGCAACUGGGCAAUAGGAAGUCUCAGGCCCACGUCCUGGAUAUGCUGCUACUGAGGAGCAUUAAGUCAUUAAAAAAGAACGCAGGCCGAUGCAGAACAUAAAUUUGUAUGUGAGAAAUAGUGUUUCUGGCUUUUACUAAUAAAAGCAAAAAAUAUAUAUUUAUUUUAGACUG